AUGGGUGUAGAGAACAGAAAUAAAAUAGUGAUAGCAGCCUCAGAGGGUUUCGACAGGACUAUGUGCAGGAAAAUUCUUGAAUGCAUAUUCAGGAAAACAAAUGUAGACAUUGAAUGGAGGAUUCCAGGAAAGGCGCAGACGACCAAUAGCGGAGGGGAAGGGAGUGGAAAACAGAAAAGGACAAACAAUGUAUUAACGUUAAAGAGUAAUGGGAGCACGUACGCGGAGUUAUUAAAAAAGGUAAAAGAAAAUAUUGACAUUAAUAAGUUAGGGGUAAACAUCAAAAAGAUAAGGAGUAUAGGAGAGGAAGAAGUGCAACUUGUACUAGAAGAAGGAAAUGGGAAAGCAAAAAGUUUUAUGGAGGAAGUGGCAACUAAAUGUAACGAUGUUAGUGUUUCGAUUAGAACGUACGGACAGAUAAUAUACAUCACUGGAAUUGAAGUGACGGCGACGGAAGAGGAUAUAAAAACUGCGAUAACCAACGUAGUAGAGAUAGGGGAGGAGGACAUUCAAAUAAAGUCAAUUAAGGAGGGUAAAUACAAGGAAAAAACUGCGGUAGUGCAACUACCAAAACAAGCAGCCAAGACACUGGUCCGGGAAGGUACUAUCAAAAUAGGAUGGUCAGACAAUAAACCAACAGAAACAAAUUCAGUAACGACAGAAAUGGAACACGAAGACGCCACUGGAAAAGACGAAGAACACAUCAAGGAUAAUGAACAACAACAACAGCGACAAGAACAAAAACAACAAGAACACCAACAACAACAACAACAAGAACAAAAACAACAAGAACACCAACAACCACAACAAGAACACCAACAACAACAACACCAACAACAGUAA